AAUUCAACACUGGUAAAUAGAAAACUACUUGUGCUUGUGUAAUGUUAAAACAGCAGACGUCGACGUUUCACGAUGUGAGGUAUACCGGGAUGCAUUUUAGGAGGGAAUCAAAACCCAUAUCAAAACCUUAUCCUUUGGGUGAUCUCUGCCAACUUCAUCGCCAUCCUUGUGUGUUCAGUAGCAUUUUAACACAGCUUCUCCUCUCAUGCCUUCUCUUCCCUUCAUGUUCGCCUGACAACGCCUUCCAGUGAAGCCUAUGGCCGCACCUGCAUCUGCAUCAACAUUUUCCAAUCCACACUUGCUUCACAAGGUUUCCGUUACAGACGAAGUUAUCAAUCAAUACGAAAUCAAUGUGAAGCCGCAAUUCCCGAUUCAAAAGCGGGAAUCAUCUCGAUUCUCACGCUUCACACCGCUAUGCGCUACCUUGAGGAGCUCGAAAGGAUUCGGACCUUCUCCGAAGAAGAGCAAGAAGAAGAACAAGCUGAAGAAAAGAGGCUCCGACGACGACGACGAUAACGACGAGGAGGAAGAAGAACUGACGAGAGAUCAAGGUGUGAUACCUGAAGUUGUAACCAACAGGAUGAUAAGCAGGAUGGGAUUCUCAGUGGGGAUUCCUCUGGCAAUAGGGCUAAUGUUCUUCCCCUUCUUUUAUUAUCUCAAGGUUGGUUUGAAGAUUGAUGUGCCCAAUUGGGUGCCCUUCAUCGUGUCCUUCUUCUUCUUUGGGUCUGCACUGUUGGGAGUGAGCUAUGGGAUUGUAUCCUCCAGCUGGGACCCACUUAGAGAGGGCUCACUUUUGGGCUGGAAUGAGGCCCAAAAGAAUUGGCCUGUCUUUUGGCAAUCCAUUUGGGGUGGAUCUAAUACGAAGGGAAAGUAGCCUUGUUAUUAUCUUUCCCUCAUGUGCCUCUUUUUCGUUACGCUUCAUUGAAGUUGGGUCAAUGUAAUCUGCUUUCUAGGAGGAAGCCGUCUGUUAUACCGUUACUUCAAUUUCAUGUCAUGAUACUAGGGAUUUGGCUCCUGA